AUGAAAAGGCAUAGCACAGGAAAAAAAUUUCACAGAAUAAAAGGAAUAAAAAAGGCUGACCUGAAUGCGAUUAUUUCUGAAACUCCAAAGCAAAUUGAAGAGUUUAUUGAAAGUCUCUCAUCCCAAGGAUCGCUGAUCAAAAAAGUAAAAUAUGCAUAUUUUUAAACAAAAAAUGGUUUAAAGUUUCCAGGAUUUAUUGCAACCGAGCCUAUUGUACCAAAUGACACUCUUGUCACUCUCCCUAGAGAAACCUUACUUACCACCCUAUAGGCAUUUGAAUCUCCAUUAAAGCCUAUGUUUCUAGAAUAUCCAUAAUUUUUUAGUCCCUAAUUUCAUUCCUAAUGGGAAUAUCACCAAAUUCUUGCAUUUUUAUUAUAUGAAUAUUAAAGAGGAACUGAUUCCAAAUGGUAUUAUAUGAUAGUAAACUUCCCAAGAGAUGUUGACUAUGCUGUAUUUUGGAAUACACAAGAAUUAGAAUCGCUAAAAGAUGAAAAUAUAAUUAAAAGUGCAAGAAAAAAAUAUAUAGGGCUUCUAGUUACUUUUUAAACUCUUAGAUAUAUAGCAGACAAAUUUCCAAACCUUUAUAAACCUGGAAUUGUAACAAUGGAAAAUGCCAUAUGGAUUCAUACAAGUAUUGUUACAAGAUGCUUUGGAGGAUAAGGGUUGAAAUAUGUCACAAUGGUACCAUUUUGUGAGCUAUUUAAUCAUGAAUGUGCUGAUGUAUGUUAUGAUCUAGAAUAAUAAGAUUAAAGUACAAGGUACAAUUAUGAAUUUAUGACAAAAAAAUUAGUUCAAGGUUAGGAGAAUGAUGAUGAGUUGUCAAUUACAUCUUCAGAAAAUUCUUAAUUUUCAGAAGAUGACAUGAGUGAUUCGGAAUUUGUAACAGGUGAGUACGAUUAAUAUUAAGAAUUUAAUUUUGAUAAAUUUAGUGAAAAUUCAAUCAUAAAUUUUGAAGAAAAUAUAAAAAGUUUUUUCAAGAAAAAUUAAUCAGUGAAAAGUGAUGAAUUAAUUAAAAUGAGAAAAGAAUUUAAUAUUAGAUUGAAUAUUUAACAAGAUGUUUUCUAAUUAGCAAUAGAUUGCAAAGCAUAUUUGUUUUAAACAAUUGAUUUUGGAGAUAAUUUUUCAAUUUUUUUUUUAGGACAAAUCUUUUAGUAAUUGGAUUAACUAAUCUAAUAAUUUUUUAGUUUGGAAAGGUCAUCCUAUUAAGCAAGAGCAGAAAUACAACAAAUUAAAAUUGAUUGCAAUUUGUAUAAAAAUUUUUGGUAUUCUUUUUAAAAUGAAGUUCUAAAAAGACCAAUCUAAUAAAAAUACAAUGUGUUUGCUCAAAAGAUAGUUCGGAAACCAGAAAGGCCCAUAUUUAGCAUGGAAUAAAUCUUAUCCCAACCUGUUGAUCGAAGUUGUGAUUAUUACACAUAAGCCUUCUAGAAAGAGACUUUUAAAAAUCUUCUAAUGAGAACCAGAGAUCCUUUCGAGAAAGGGGCCUAGGUAUAUUUUUGCUAUAGUCGAUUGUCGAAUAGAAUUAUGUUGCUUAAAUAUGGAAUGUCUCUAGAAUAUAAUAAAUAUGAUAGUACAUUUCUAAGAGUUGAAUUUUUAAAAUAUAUUAAAAAUAAGGUGGGUAUUUGGAUUGUUCAUAGAUUUAAACUAAAUAAAUUAAAAAGAUUCAAACUAAAACAUAUAGUUCCUCCUUAUGAAUUAAUUGUUUUUUGUAAAUUAAUAUAUUGGAACACGAAUGUUCAUUCUGUUAACACUAUUUUUAAUAUCUAAGAUUUGUAAUUAGAAAGAUAAGCUUUAUCCUUAGCCCUGGAAAUUUUGAUUGAAUAAAAUUCAAAAUUUAAAGAAACAAUUGAAGAACUUGAGUAAUUGCUGCUUGAGAAAAGUUUAGGAUAUCAUUAAUAUUUUGCAGUUAUCUAUCGAUUAGAAAGAUUGAGAAUAUAUCGUCGAAAUAUUCAUCUAAUUAAUAUAAGCAUAAUUGUAAUAGACAAAUUGAUGAAAGGAGUUCCAUAUGAAAAAGCAAUUGAAAGAACAGAGUUUGAUUUAGAUUUCUAUGAAACAAAUAGGUACAUAUUAAGGAAAUAUUUUGAUUAAAUAAGAGGGGCAUUAUAUCAAUAAAAAUGA